AUGGGUGUAAUCACAUAUGCAGACGAGUACACUUCCCCCAUCACUCCAGCCAGAUUGUUCAAAGCCUUGGUCCUGGAUGCUCACAACCUGAUCCCAAAACUCAUGCCACAGGCUAUUAAAAGCAUUGAAUUCACUCAAGGGGAUGGAGGCGCUGGUAGCAUCAGGCAGAUCACUUUCGCCGAGGGUAGUCAAUUCAGCACACUUAAGAACAGAAUUGAUGAGGUGAAUGAAGAGAACUACUCAUACAAGUACACUGUGAUCGAAGGUGAUGCAUUGGCUGAGAAGCUGGAAUUCAUAACUCAUGAGGUCCAAUUCGAGCCAACACCAGAUGGUGGCAGUAAAAAUAAGAUGAUAACAAAGUACCAUACCAAGGGUGACAUUGUGAUCAAGGAAGAGGACAUCAAGGCUGGCAAAGAAAAAACACUGGGGAUGUACAAAGUUGCAGAAGCCUAUCUCCUCCAAAAUCCUGAUGCCUACGCUUAA